GCCUGCGCGCGCAGCUCGGCCGCGGGCCGCAGCCAUGGAAACGCCGGGCUGCCCGGUGUGGCAGCUGCGGUGCCUCGGUGUCGGCGUGAGGACCGCCGUGGGCCCCGUGGGCUUCUCGGCGGCAUCCCGGAGCCCAGCCUGCCUGCAGGGAUGCCGUGCCCGGGACCCCUGAGUGUCGCCUCUACCCUCGGGUGACUCGAGCAUCUGCUGCGUUUAGAACAGGAUGCGUCUUUGGGCGUGACCCGGAGCGGGCAGGAUGAGUCUGGACGUGCCGCUGCUCAACGACUACAAGAAGGACUUCUUCCUGAAGCGCUUCCCGCAGACCGUGCUCGGAGGGCCUCGGCUGCAUCUUGGCUACUGUGCCCCUCCCUACAUAUACGUCAACCAGAUCGUCCUGUUUCUGAUGCCAUGGGUCUUGGGUGGAAUAGGCACAGUUCUGUACCAGCUAGGCAUCCUGAGAGACUAUCACACGGCCGCCCUUUCGGGCGGGCUGAUGCUGGCCACUGCGGCCGCCAUCCAGCUCACGAGUUUGUACGCCCGAAACAAAUCAGUGACGGUGCGGAAAGUGCGAGCCGCGGGCAUCACAGCAGAGGAGGACGAGUAUGAAUUUACAAGCUGUGCUGGUGCAGAGACUGUCAAAUUUCUCAUUCCAGGCAAAAAAUAUCUAGCCAAUACAGUUUUUCAUUCUGUGCUUGCUGGGUUGGUGUGUGGUCUGGGAACGUGGUACCUGCUCCCCAACAGGAUGACCCUGCUGUACGGCAGUCCUGGAGGCGCUGUGGUGCUGUUCAUCUUGGGGUGGCUGACGUUGUGUAUAGGAGAAUAUUCGCUCAUUGUAAACACAGCCACUGAGACCGCGACCUUCCAGGCCCAGGACACUUACGAAAUCACUCCACUCACGAGGCCUCUUUACAUCUUCUUCUUUGUUUCUGUGGAUCUUGCACACAGGUUCAUGGUAAAUGUAUCAGCUCUUGAGCAAAUAAAUCAGAUUUUACACAUCCUGUUUGUAUUUUUGCCCUUCCUGUGGGCGCUUGGAACUCUGCCCCCACCUGAUGCACUUCUCUUCUGGACAAUGGAGCAGGUUUUACAGUUUGGCCUUGGAGGUUCAUCCAUGUCAACCCGCCUGAGGUUGUUAGUGAUGUUCGUGGUCUCUGCCGGGACGGCCGUCACAUCGUACUUCAUCCCCAGCUCGCUCGGUGUGGCGCUUUUCCUCACUGGACUUGGAUUCUUACUGAGUCUUAACCUAGGCAGCAUAGGCUUUGUCCUCAUACACAGUGCGAACAGACACCACGUUGAAGCCAAACCUCAGACUUUGCCCCGUAGUUUCAAGAAACACAUGCUGUGGAAAGAAUGCCUGUUCUAUGUUGUUAUGUUAGCUUUGGCCCUCUUAGAAACUGGCAUAUUGCACCACUUUGUUAGGUUCUCACAGACUGCUAAAGGCAGGUCUCAGACUAUUGUUGGCUACGUUUUGAUGGUAUUACUUGUAAUCCUGUGGAUACUUAGAGAGAUUCAGGGUGUUUAUAUCUUUGGAAUUUUCCGAAACCCUUUCUAUCCGAAGGAUGCGCAAACAGUGUCUGCGUUCUUAGAGAAGCAGACGAAGCUGAUGACAGUCGGUGCUGUCCGACGGAUUCUGCUGACCCUAGUGUCACCUUUUGCUGUGGUGGCAUUUCUCUCGCUGGACAGCUCGCUACAGGGGCUCCACUCUGUCUCUGUCUCCAUUGGGUUCACAAGAGCUUUUAGGAUGGUGUGGCAGAAUACAGAGAAUGCUUUGCUGGAAACCGUCGCCGUGUCUGCUGUCCCCUUGUUCAUCUCCACUGCAGAUUCGUGGUGGGACACCAGGCUGAAUACUGGAAUCAGACUCUUAUUGGUCGGUAUUCUGCGGGAUCGUCUGAUUCAGUUCGUGUCAAAGUUGCAGUUUGCUGUGACCGUACUCGUGACGUCGUGGACAGAAAAAAAGCAGCGUCGAAAAACCACCACUGCUCUGUGUGUGCUCAACGUGGUCUUCUCCCCAUUGGUGCUGCUUUUCAUUGUGUUCUCUUCGCUGCUCUCCUCCCCCUUACUGCCGCUCUUCACGCUGCCCGUGUUCCUGGUGGGCUUCCCCCGGCCUGUCCAGAGCUGGCCCGGGGCAGUGGGCAACACCGCCUGCGUGUGCGCCGACACGGUGUUCUACCACCAGAUGGUCCCCAGGCUGAGUGCCGCGCUGCAGACGGCCAUGGCCGCCGGGAGCCUAGGUAUUCUCGUACCUGGAUCUCAUUACUUGGGCCGUUUUCAGGACCGCUUAAUAUGGAUAAUGAUUCUGGAAUGUGGUUAUACGUACUGCUGUAUUAACAUUAAGGGGUUAGAAUUGCAAGAAACAUCAUGUCAUACCGCGGAAGCUCAAAGAGUUGAUGAAGUAUUUGAAGAUGCGUUCGAGAAAAGUUACAGAAAUGUGUGUUCCCUUAAUGAACAUUUUGCAAACAUCUUGACACCCUGUACCGUUUUGCCUGUAAAACUAUAUUCUGAUGCCAGGAGUGUCCUCUCUGGCAUAAUAGAUUGUCAUGAAAAUGUGAAAGAAUUUAAAGGUGACCUGGUUAAGGUGCUUGUGUGGGUACUUGUUCAGUACUGCUCGAAAAGGCCCAGACGGAAGGAGAGUGUUCACCAGACGGGAGAGGAGGGGCAGGCACCUCCAGUGCCCCUGGCCGCCGACGCUUCCCCGUGCCCCAGAUCCUCGGAAGACACGAGUAGUUUAAAAUCAGGAACUUCAGCUGACUGGUCUAGUGAUGAUAUUUUUGAUGAUGAGCCCGCUAUCGAAAAAGGAAAAGUGGGAAAGGAUCAAUCGAAAGCCUUGCCAGAUGCAAAGUUGCCAAUUCCAGGAUCGAUAGAAUCCAGGAGGGUCAGUGACGGUGCGGUUGGCUCGCUCGCCGAAGACCGCCUCUUCCAAGCAGUUAUGUUUGCAUACCCUGCUGUUGACAAAGGAAAACAGGAAGACUUGGCAUGCAUCCCUCUCGUGGAGUUCACCUGUGCACACUCGCACCUGCUGAGCCUGCCUGCGGAGUGGAGGUCCAGCCAUAUGCCUCAUUCCAGACUGAAGGAGAUGCGCUCAUUAUUUCCGGAAGAUUGGUACCAAUUUGUUUUAAAGCAGUUAGAAUGCUUCCAUUCAGAAGAAAAGGCCUCCGAUAUAUUGGAAGAAAUUGUAAAGGAUAGAGUGUUACAAGACUUUUAUGUGCAGAUAGUAAUGACUUGUUACUAUACUUUCUUUGAAAUUGACAGCGUGAUUCCGAGUCCUGGGUAUCUAAUGAGAGUUUACAGUGAUGCUCUGCCUUGGUCGGUUGCCUUGAAUUGGCUCAGAGAAAGACCAGAACUGCACCAGCUGGCAGUGAAAGCCUUCAGAUAUACUUUGAAGCUAAUGAUUGAUAAAGCAAGUUUAGGUCCAAUACAAGACUUUAAAGAAUUAAUUAACUACCUUAAAGAAUAUGAAAGUGACUGGUACAUUGGUUUGGUGUCUGAAGAAAAGUGGAGAGGAGCAAUUUUGCAGGAAAAGCCAUACCUGUUUUCUCUGGGCUAUGACCCCAAUAUGGGAGUUUAUACUGGGAGAGUGCUCACCCUUCAGGAGUUGCUGUUCCAAGUCGGCAAGUUGAAUGCUGAAGCUGUGAGAGGUCAGUGGGCCAAUCUUUCAUGGGAACUGCUUUAUGCUACAAAUGAUGACGAGGAACGUUACAGCAUACAAGCUCACCCGCUUCUCCUGAGAAACCUCACAGUACAAGCAGCAGAUCCUCCACUGGGGUAUCCCAUUUAUUCUUCAAAACCUCUGCAUAUAAGACUGCAUUAGAGCUUACUUCUAAAGUCAUGCAAGAGAAGUGUGUAUUUUUUCAUCCUGGAAAGUUCCCAUGUAAUGAUUGAAACUGCAGUGGGUUGUUCCCAACCCGCCUCAGAUGCUGAGA